AGCUGUAGAGAGUUUUGGGCAGGAGAAUUGAGGGCCGCGCCACACCAGUUCUUUCCUUAAUUUUUUCCGUUUGACUUCUUUCCUAGCUGUGCUUCCAGAGUGCUUCGUGUAUUUCCAGAACAACAAAAAUGAGUGCAUUUCUGGGGUUGGUGUCUUUUGAGGACGUGGCUGUGACUUCACCUUGGAGGAGUGACAGGACCUGGAUGAUGCUCAGAGGACUCCGUACAGGGACGUGAUGCUGGAGACCUACAGCAGCCUGGUAUUCUUGGGGCAUUGCAUUGCCAGACCUGAGGUGAUCUUCAAGUUGGAGCGGGGAGCAGAGCCACGGACGGUAGAAGAACGUCCAAAGCAGAAUUCAGAUGUCCAGAUAGUCAAUGACAUAAUUGAGAGGAACCUGGAAACUCAUGGUAGACAUCUGUGGCAAGUUGUAAUUACCAACAGCAAAACAUCAACUGAGGAGAGAGUUGAAUUAGGAAAAACAUUUAAAUUGCGCUCACACCAUAUCCCAAAUCUGAUGAUAAAUAAUGGAAACUACUCAGGAAUGAAGUCUGAGGUGUUCAACAUAUGUCAGAAUGUGCAUGUCACUAUUGAGCCUCAUGAAAUGCAGGCUAGAGAAAAACCUGAUAACCAAACUGUAACUGGGAAAUCUCUCACACAUCAUGAGCAUCGUAGUCACCAUCACAGUAGUCAAACUGGGCAGCAGCUUUUUGAAUCUAGUGGACAAGGAAAAAUCUUCAACACGAAGGCAAUAUUGUUUAUACGUAAGAAGGUUUAUAGGGGAGAGACUGCUGCCUGUAAAUGAAUGUGGGAAAGCUUGUGAUAAGUCAGUACUCAUUCCUCAAAAGAUAACUUUUGAAUAUAAUAUAUGUGGGAAAGCAUUUCAUAAAAAUUCUAAACUUACUAAACAUCAGAAAAUACACACAGGAGAGGACCCCUAUAAAUGUAUAGAAUGUGACAGAUCCUUUAUUAAGAAACUGUACCUUACAAACCAUCAGAGAACACACUCACAGGAGAAACCCUAUGCAUGUACCAAAUGUGAGAAGUCAUUCUGUCAGAAGUCAAAUCUGACUGUUCAUCAGAGAAUCCACACAAGGGAGAAACCCUAUGGAUGUAAUGAAUGUGGGGAAACUUUCUGCCAAAUGUCAGCCCUUAUUUAUCAUCACAGAACACACACAGGAGAGAGACCCUAUGAAUGUAUCGCAUGUGGGAAAACCUAUCAGAAGUCAGCCCUCGGUGUACAUCAGAAUUCACACAGGAGAGAAACCUUACGAAUGUAAUGAAUGUGGGGACACCUUUUACCAGAAGUCAGUCCUUACUGUAUAUCACAGAACUCACAUGGGUGAGAAACCAUAUGAAUGUAAAGAGUGUAGGAAAACUUGCCCAGAAGUCAAAACUCACUGUCCGUCUGAGAAGUCACACCAGGAAAAAACCCUGUGAAUGUAAUGAACAUGGGAAAACGUUUUGUCUGAAUUCAGUUCUUGCCAUCCAUCAGCAAACGCACACAGGGGAAAAACCUUGUGAGUGUAAUAAAGGUGGAAAAACCUUCAGCCAGAAGUCAAACCUUAGGAUGCAUCAGGGUACUCAUACAGGGGAAAGACCCUAUAAAUGUAAUGAUUGUGGAAAAACCUACCAGAAGGCAGUCCUCACUACACAUCACUACACAUCAGAGAACUCACAUGGGGGAAAAAACCACCUGUGAAUUUCAUUGGUUCAUACAAAUUAAGCAUGAAAUGAAUAUCACAUUGGCAAAAAAAAAAAACCCUAAAAAUGGGAUUCUUCAUUCACAGAUCCCACACGUUCUCACUGGGAGUCUUGUGUUUUCAAAUAAAAUACUGAAAAAUGA